AUGUCGACAGUCUACCACAUCGAUGCGUCUUCUGCUGAACCAGUGGGAGGCAUCGCCCGCUUCCAGACCGUCUGUAACUACUACCGCAAUGACGGUCGGUUUUCGGGGCAACCCAACCUUGUCACGAUCUUUUCCGGAGAUGCUUUCAAUCCUAGCUUGGAAAGCAGCGUGACCAAAGGUAGUCAUAUGGUGCCUGUGCUCAACAUGAUAGGGACAGAUAUUGCUUGUGUUGGCAACCACGAUCUCGACUUUGGUGUUAAGCAAUUUCGCAGCCUUGCCUCACAGUGCAAGUUCCCCUGGCUUUUGGCCAACGUGCUUGAUCCUCAACUGGGCGAUGACGUCCCUCUAGGCAAUGCGAAGAAGACGGCCAUGCUCACCUCCUCGAAUGGGAUCAAGAUCGGCCUCAUCGGUUUGGUGGAGCGAGAAUGGCUGGACACCAUCAACUCCUUGCCUCCGAAUUUGAUCUACAAGUCAGUGUCGGCGACGGCAAUGGAGCUGGUACCAGGCUUGCGAGAACAAGGGGCAGAAAUCAUCAUUGCCGUAACCCAUCAACGAGAACCGAACGACAACAAACUCGCGGAGAAGAUUCCCAAUGGACUGAUCGACAUGAUCCUUGGAGGUCAUGAUCACUUCUACCAACACAAUCUAAUCAAUGGCACGCAUGUUCUGCGCUCAGGAAGCGAUUUCAAGCAGGUCAGCUAUAUCGAAGCGCGAAGGCGGCCCGGUGAGGACAAAAAGUGGGAUGUUCAUAUCGUCCGGCAAGAUAUCGUGUCAGACAUCCCUCAAGACCCGAAAGCGCUUGAACUCGUGGAAGAGCUUACGGCGAGCUUGAAGCCAAAGCUGGAAAAGCCUCUAGGCUACACGGCCGCUCCGUUGGAUGCCAGAUUUACCACCGUGCGGCUUAAGGAGUCGAAUAUUGGAAACUUUGCUUGUGACUUGAUGCGCUCGUAUUACCAAGGCGAUUGCUGUCUCAUGGCGGCUGGCACCAUAAGAGGUGACCAGGUCUAUCCUCCCGGACUGCUUCGGCUGAAGGAUAUUAUGAAUUGCUUUCCGUUCGAGGAUCCCACCAUUGUCAUUCAGGUCACCGGAGCAGCACUCUUGGCCGCACUGGAGAACUCGGUCUCCACAUAUCCCGCCCUUGAAGGCCGCUUCCCUCAGGUAUCCAACAUCGAAUUCGAGUUCGACCCUCGCCUGCCGCCCCAUCAUCGAAUCAAGUGGGUCAAGGUAGGCCGAGAACCCCUCGACCUCGAGAGGAAGUACAAGCUGGUCACGAGGGGCUACAUGGGACGGGGCAAAGAUGGGUUCGAUUCCUUACUCGUGCAAUCUGAAGGAGGCGAAGCGGAAGAAAUCGUCUCCGAAGAGAACGGCAUGUUGAUCAGCAUGAUCAUGCGGCAGUAUUUCAUGUCCUUGAAAAUCAUUGGCAGGUGGAAACACUGGGGCCAGAGCCUGGCUCGACACUGGGAUGGAGUCCACGAUGAUUUGCACUCGACGCACCCUGUCGUAGAACCGAACACGGACGCUUUGGGGAAGAAGCCCUCUGAGAGCGGAGACACGACCACGCCGCUGGACGAUUCGGAGGAUGAAGGCGAUCACCGCGUCCGCAACCCUCAGCAUGACAAAAAUGAGCGAGAUAUGCAGCUUAUCCGGAAGGUCGUGCGCAAGUGGUGGCGUCUUACGGGACUCAAGGGCCAGCCUAGAUGCUGUGACAAAAUGGACGACGAGGAGUUUCAGGUUGACUGGACCAGAGCCAUUGCACCUCGACUCGAGGGACGGAUCAAAAUCACAAAGGGUGCUCCCAGUCCGGAGGACAAGUCUUGA